ACGAAUACAGAACUCAGAAAGCUUGUUUCUCCUCUUCUUAGCCCUUUCUUCUAUUCUGCUUCUUCUCUUCCCUCUUCCUCCCUCUCUUCACUUCUUGACCUGGACAAAAUCUCCCCAUUUCUCUCUCCAUUCCUUAUUUUCCGCUAGAAAGAUCUUUAAUUUACUUACCCACAACAUUCUACCACUUGACCCUCCAACCUCGGAUCAGAGAGUUGUUGUCUUUUCUAUUGGGUUUUUGAGAGCUAAUCAUGGGUUGUUAGUUUGGUAUCUUAUUUUAGGAAAGGAAUCAGGGUUUUGAGUUUCAGACAGAGAAUCUUUGUUGGGUUUCUGAUGGGCAACUGCUUAGCUUCUUCUGCUAGAGUAGAUACCAGCCAGAGCACCCAUGUCACUUCUGCAUCAGGGGCCUCAAGAAUUUCAAGCAAAACCAGCCGAUCUUCAGCUCCUUCAAGCCUAACAAUCCCAUACAGUGAGAAAAGUAAUUCUGAGUGUCUUCCUACACCAAGAUCUGAAGGAGAAAUAUUAUCAUCCCCGAAUUUAAAAGCGUUCUCCUUCAACGAGUUAAAGAAUGCCACCAGAAACUUUCGUCCUGACAGUCUUCUUGGUGAAGGUGGAUUUGGCUAUGUCUUCAAAGGAUGGAUUGAUGGACAAACUUUUGCAGCUGCUAGGCCUGGAUCAGGAAUGGUUGUUGCUGUUAAGAAGCUUAAACCUGAAGGUUUUCAGGGCCACAAAGAGUGGUUGACAGAAGUUAAUUACCUUGGCCAACUUCAUCACCCAAAUCUUGUUAAGCUGAUUGGCUAUUGCUUGGAGGGUGAGAACCGACUUUUGGUCUAUGAGUUCAUGCCAAAAGGGAGCUUAGAGAAUCAUCUAUUUAGAAAAGGGCCACAACCACUUUCUUGGGCGAUAAGGAUGAAGGUGGCCGUAGCUGCUGCAAGGGGGCUUUCGUUCCUUCAUGAUGAAAAAUCUCAAGUCAUAUAUCGAGAUUUCAAAGCCUCCAAUAUUCUUCUAGAUGGGGAAUUCAAUGCGAAACUUUCUGAUUUUGGAUUGGCUAAGGCAGGGCCCACUGGUGAUAGGACUCAUGUGUCAACUCAGGUCAUGGGUACUCAUGGCUAUGCAGCACCUGAAUAUGUUGCUACAGGUAGGUUGACAGCAAAAAGUGAUGUAUAUAGCUUUGGAGUUGUGUUGCUAGAACUACUGUCUGGACGGCGAGCUGUUGAUAAAACAAAAUCUGGUGUGGAGCAGAACCUGGUAGAUUGGGCAAAACCGUAUCUGGGUGACAAAAGGAAAUUAUUCCGAAUUAUGGACACCAAAUUGGGGGGUCAGUACCCCCAGAAAGGUGCCAAUACAGCUGCUAUUCUGGCUGUACGGUGCCUAAGCACCGAGCCUAAACUGAGGCCUCGUAUGUCAGAUGUUUUAGGAAUACUAGAACAGCUUGAAGCCCCUAAAAAUGCAUCUAGACACUCCCCAACAGAAAAGGAGAGCGUUCAGCAAUCUGUUAGGAAGUCUCCAAUGAGACCCCCUCGUUCUCCUCUGAACAUCCCACCAAGUGCAUCACCAUUGCCACCAUCUCACAGGCAAUCACCACGAGUACGCUGAAAGAGAAAGAUUUCAUCUGUAAAUUUGUUAAAUACAUCCAUAUCAUUUUGUUAAACAUAAAAUAUAAUUUUGGGCGUGUAUCCUUGUGCAAUUUUCCAUUGUAUAACAGAUUAUCACCACUGGUAUUUGCUGAAAGCGUUAUCGUAUUGCGGUAAUCUGCCUU